AAUGAUUGCAAAAGUAAGUUAUGAUUGUGAUUGUUGAAACAGAAAGGGAACGAGGUAAGAGGCAGUGGCAGAGGAGUUAUUGGAGAGACGAAAGGAAGAUUCUCUGAAUUCUUUCUUUCUUUAUUCAUAUGUAAAUCCAAACCAAAACUUUUACACUUAAAAUCACAAAACUCGAUUCGUUAUUUUUCUUUUUAUCUCUUUAAAGAAAGGGAAAAAAAGAAGAAGAAAGCAACAGAAAAAUAGUAACAGAACACUACUUUCUGAUUUGAAUCGAGCCAUCAUACUCAUGACCUCUUAAUAUUAAUCUCCUCCUCGCUUCGCUUCCUUUCGACGAUACAAAAGAUCAAAAAACUCUCUUUCCCACUUCUAUUCAUCUUUCUCUGUACUCUUCUUUUAUUUAUAUUUUUUCUUUUGUUGUGCUGUCGGGUAUCCGCCAACCAGUUUACUCUCGGCGGUUCGGUCCGGAUCCGCUCAAUCUAAUGUGGAAGUUAAAUCUGCAGAGAAACAUUUGAACGAAAAUCUAUCUCUGUUUAGGAUGGCGCAGGAAUUACAGUCUGAGCAAGACCCCGACGAUUCUGACACUGAAUUCGUCGAGAUUGAUCCUACUGGUCGCUAUGGUCGGUAUAAAGAGGUUUUAGGUAGAGGUGCUUUCAAAAAAGUAUACAGAGCAUUUGAUGAGCUGGAAGGAAUUGAAGUUGCUUGGAAUCAGGUUAAAGUGGCAGAAUUAGUGCGUAAUUUUGAUGAUUUGGAACGUCUAUAUUCAGAAGUUCAUUUGCUUAAGACUUUGAAACACAAAAAUAUUAUCAAAUUUUAUAAUUCAUGGGUGGAUACCAAAAAUGAGAACAUCAACUUCAUCACUGAGAUUUUCACUUCUGGCACAUUGCGGCAGUACCGGAGGAAACAUAAGCAUGUUGACUUGAGAGCAUUGAAGAAAUGGUCCAGGCAGAUAUUGGAAGGCCUUUCCUAUCUUCAUAGUCAUGAUCCACCAGUUAUUCACAGAGAUUUAAAAUGUGAUAACAUCUUUGUUAAUGGAAAUCAAGGUGAGGUAAAAAUUGGUGACUUGGGUUUGGCUGCCAUUCUUCAGCAGGCGCGUUCAGCUCAUAGUGUCAUUGGCACACCAGAGUUUAUGGCACCAGAGCUUUAUGAAGAGGAAUACAAUGAGCUUGUUGACAUUUAUGCCUUUGGCAUGUGCUUGCUGGAGUUGGUGACUUUUGAUUACCCAUAUGCUGAAUGUAUUAAUGCUGCUCAAAUAUUCAAGAAAGUUACAUCAGGAAUAAAGCCUGCAUCAUUGGCGAAGGUGACAGAUCCUUCUGUUAAAGCAUUUAUAGAAAAAUGUAUUGCAAGAGUCUCUGAUCGAUUGUCUGCAAAGGAACUUUUAAUGGAUCCUUUUCUCCGACCUGAUGAGGAAAAUGAAAUUAUAGGUCACUCUUUACGACAGAAAUCACAUCAUCCAGGUGGUAGUCCUGAUCAGACCAUUUCUGGUAAAGGUGCCGGUGAUCCUUCACUUGAGAAAAGUAGGGACUUCACUGUACAAGGGCAGAUGAAAGAUGUUAACACAAUAUUUCUGAAACUAAGAAUAGCUGAUUCCACAGGUCAUAUCCGCAAUAUCCACUUCCCCUUUGAUAUUGAGGUAGAUACAGCAAUAGCUGUUGCUAGUGAAAUGGUGGAGGAGUUAGACCUAACCGAUCAAGAUGUUUCUACAAUUGCUGCAAUCAUCGACUCAGAAAUUCAGUCACAUAUUCCAGACUGGACACCCAGAAAACUUUCUUCAGAUAAUAUGUGCCCAGAGGUUAUGGACUCUGAAACUGCUUCUGAAAUUAAGGAUGAUUCACCCUUGACAAAUGAAUCAACUCAUUCUUCAGGUAGUCUUGCACUGGAAAGAUUGCCUUCAGGUCGGAAGUACUGGUCCUCGCCCAAGGCAGUUGGUGGAAGCUCUCCAAGCAAGCUUGGACACUCAAACUCCUCGUCUUAUGAGCCUUCUCUCAGUAGUCACCAGGCUGGCAAUGGUCCAAACGUUUCUUGUUCACUUGAGCAGUUUGAGGCUGAGAAUCUAAGUCAAAAUAGCAGGGAAGACGAAGAAGCUAGUUGGCCUGUAGGUUCACAAUCUCGUGAUAGAAAUAGUGCCUCUGUGGAUCAAGGUUUGGAAACUGGAGAACAAGCGAGUGACAGCAGUAAGAUUUCAAUGGAUGUCGAGCCAGAUGUAAAUAUACUUGUUCAAAAGCUUGAAAAUCUGUUAGUAAAGCAGCAAAAGGAACUAGAUGACCUAAAAAGAAGACAUGAAGAAGCCAUAUCAGACCUUCUGAAUGAAGUUUCUCCAGAAAUUAGCCGGCAGGUUUUGAGUUUUUGUAAGCUGAGCUUGCCUGAUUACAAAAUACCAUGAGGCAAUGCUAAGCUUAUACAUUUUAGAGAUAUGGACUCCCUUUAGUGAACUUGCCACCGCACCUCUUCAAUUGAGAUAGACGAUAACUAGAUGAUGUCAUUGUUUUUACCCAAAAGAUUAAACAAAUUGUGUUGCUUGAUGACAUCUUGGAGUGCUUAAAAGUCUCACUGACAGAAGAUCAUGGUGCUGGAUAUCUCUUGAGAGCGAAUGAAUAUGUCACAAGACGAUGCCAAAUUUUGAGGUAGUAUAUUGUUGCUGUGACAUUAAGAUUUGAGAUUCAAGAAACAAUGGAGUGAAAUCAGCUCAAAGAUAUCUGAUCAGUUCAUGAUGAGCCAAGAACAGGUGACUCUGCAAAAUAGUUAGCUUAUAUUAAUCACAUAAUGUGCUGGGGCCGCUGAGCUGUGCUUGUGUAGUACUUGUUUGCAUAAGCCAUUAUCGGGCCAUCCAUGCAAUACAGAGUCAAAAUUUUGUGGAGUGUAUACAUGUACAUAUGCUUUGCGAAACUUUGUUUCAGUUACACGUACAGUCCGUCUUGUUGGUUCUUGUUAGUUAAUAUUUUUCAUCACUUGGCUUCCUGCUGAAGAACAACUGCUUAUGUGGUUGGCUUUACGUAUUGGUUUAUCUGGUUCAUGCUAUUUGUUGAUUGUAAUGCAUGCAAUACUAAGCCGCUUGUACUCUGUUCAGUAUGA